AUUAUUCAUUUAAUUUCAGGACAGAAAAUUAGUAAGUUUAUUCUUGUUUAAUCCUGCGUCUCUCGCGUUCGUGCCACAACAUCGAGAUUAAAAAUCUCUCGUUAAGAUAGCAUUCAAAUCAGUUCAAUCCCCUGCCUGGAUUCGCUAAUCAAAAAUGGCCGAGUCGGAAAUUCCUCGUAGCUGGUGUACAACACGGCCGAAAUUCGCCGUUCUCAAUUUUACUUGGACCAUCGAAGAUGCGCAAUUUUAUCUGGCGCAGAAAAGCGGAACUAUACGUUCGUCAUGCUUCCCAGUAAAUGAUGCUGGCGUGGGGGCAGGGCAAUACAAAUGGUACCUACGCGCCGACUUUGGAUCCAUUUAUGUCGGAUUGCAUUUGCAUGUAACUUCGGAGAGAAAUGAUCCGGCAUUGGCAGAGUUUUCGCUGGCUAUUCGCGACAAAGCCGGUGAAGCCAUCAAUAUCCAUCGAUCUCAGAAGAAUACCCAUUUCAAGCUGCGCAGAGGAAAGGACGGUAAGAAGGAUGCUAGCUCCGGUUGGGAUAACUUUAUCAGGCAUAACAUGCUGUCGGAGUUAGGAAGUCGCUACCUGCAUGAUGGCAAGUUGACGUUUAUCUGCGAGUUAAAGGAAUUCCAAUCGCGAGUCAACGUUAGUGGCAAAGACCCUGUGCAGCAGUACAACGUUCCAGCGUGCAAUUUUGCGCAGAACUUUGAAACGAUGCUUUUCUGCGAAAGAUUCAGCGAUGUUACCAUAAUUGUUGAGGAAAAAGAGAUCAGAGCACAUAAAAUUGUCUUGGCUGCACGCAGUCCGGUUUUUGAUGCAAUGUUCAAUAACACGAUGAGGGAGAACUUAGAAAGUCGAGUCGAUAUCGAAGAUUUCUCUUACGAUGAAAUACAGGAGUUGCUCCGAUACAUCUACACCGGGAAAGUGCCGAAACUGCAAGAACAAACCAAUCGCCUGCUGGUGAUGUCCGAUAAAUACGAUCUAUCCGAAUUGAAAACCAUGUGUGAGCAGGCCCUUGGCGCCAACCUUUCGAUCGAGUCAGCCGGAGGAAUGCUAAUCCUGGCAGAUACGUACGAUGCUGCACAACUGAAAGCGCAUGCAAUGCAGUUUAUUCUGAACAACGCGUCUGAGGCAAUGGAUACCGAACAGUGGAAGCUCGAGCUGGUCAAGUAUCCACAUCUACUCGAUGCAGUUUGCCGUGGUCUUGCCGAACGGAAGGACGGAAGACCACAGAUUUAAAUGUGUAAAAAAGGAAUUUAUAUCCUUUAACUGAGUUGGAACGGCGAAAGAAACGAGAAACUAAUUCGAGAUUUUUUUUUCUUUUUUUUUUACAACUUUCAUUCUUAUUGAACGAAAUAUCCUACAAAUAUUUUCAGGACUAGUUAACUUUAGUAUAAAUGUUAAAAAUGAUUUCCUUUGGUUGCUCCAGCAAACAUUCUCUAGGAUACGUGCUGAAAACCAUAUUUUAUAAAUAAAUAUGACUUCAUUUCAAUGCUUAUAAAAUUUGUGGCGUUCGUAAGGAGGUCAGUAUGAAUAAUUGUCUAUGGACAAAACACGAAUAGAUCAAUGGUUUUCAACCGGCGGUGAAUGCACCCCUAAUAAAAUCCUUAAUGUGUGGAAGCGAGUUUGUUUUUCGUAAGGGGUGCAUGGAAUUGACUAGGAUGGAAACCACUGUAUUAGACAUUCGCCCAUAUUCUCGUUAACGUUCCGUAUUUCUAAGUUUAUUAUCUUUUUAUGUAUUUCUUUGUCCUGAUAAAAGGUACAACCUGCAGGGUAUCGUACUUAGGCUUAAUAAACUACGAUCACAAAAAGUAGAAACUUUUUAAAAAUGCAACCCGUUCAAUCCAUUGGUUGUGGAAUAUUACAUUGUACGAUUAACACAGAAAUUGCGAACAAAAUUACAUCCUUGGAUGGUAUAUUCACCCAUAUUCUUGUUUUCGUUCGAACCGUAUUUUCCAUACAAAAAAAAACUUUUUUUUAUGGAAAAUACGGUUCGAACGAAAACGAGAAUGUGGGUGAUUGUUGUCGUAUCUUUCCAGAUAUUUCGAAACUUUCUUUUGGCAUUUCUGAAGUAAAGAACAACCUCAUUGAUCUUGCUCUACUAAAGUCAAUCACAAGACUGUCUUUUAUUUUUAUUUAUCUGUUUCUCUCCCCCUAAUUAGGUUUUGCACCGUCGGGGUUAAUCACAAUC